AUAGAUUGAACGGGAGAAUCUUGCUCUGACGGGCCUGGUGCUUGCAUCCAUGUUUUCCCAGCACGGUUCUCCGAUAUAAUUAUAUACUCGCUCUCUCAACUCAUCUCGUUAAAGGAAGUGGACACUAUUGAACAUGGCCGACAGAACCGCCAAUAAACUGCUUCAAAUUACCAUCGACGUACAUAUAAUGAAAAAGAAAGACGAAUUAAGACAAGAAAAGGAAGAUAUCAUCAGAAAAAUAACUGCUAUCUCAAAUUACCAAAGGCGUGGUGUCAUCAGAAUGCGAAACUUACAACAUGAGGGGCACACCAGAAAGAGUGGCCUCCAUGAAAAAGUGACAGCGAAGCACCUUGACCAAUGGAAGAUGAUUAUCGAUCAAGAAGCUUUAAAGCUCAUACCUGAUGACUGGGAUAUUUUUGAGUUCUGCAGCCAAUCACAAGACGAAGAAUAUCUAUUCUGUCACGUGACACCUUCCGUUCGACCAAUAACAUUGGAGUACAGCCUUCACGUGCUAUCAGCUGCCGCUGACGUCACGCGCGUAGUCAGGAACUUUGAAGAAGCAUUGGCUAUUCUGAUACGCAAGCAACUAUCGGAGAGACACUCCAAACCAAUAGAAUCGCAGCAAUUGGAUUUUGAAUUCAACCGCUACCACUCCAACUCCGCAUGUCAACUUUGUCAUGACUUAAAAACAACCGCAAAUGCACAGUUACAGAUUUUCCAAAAGACUAUUUUCAUUUACAAAGAUAAAGGCAAAAGUGAGAACCUUUCCCUUGACCGAGAAGAAAUUACACAAAUAUUUGAUAAAGUUUUAUCAAACCUUAUCAGUGCUUUGGCAAACUCCAGUGGUGGUGUCAUAAUUGUUGUUGAUGAUAGAAACGUCUUCGAGGUAGAAGAUGGAAAACUCAGCGAGAAAUACCAAGAUCUUGUCACUGAAUGUCUUGAAGAACACAUAAGAAAUAAGAUAUGGGGGAGGAUGAACGCAUCUCCUACAAGGAGGGAAAAUUGGGACGUCCAGUUCCCGAUCGUUGGUGGAGAAAAGAUUGUUUUCACUGUCCGUGUUUUGGCUUUCUACGGCGGUGUGUUUGAGGCUGAGCCAAUGGCUUUCACGAUGGCGGAGACAUCUGGGUUAUUUAAAGUCAUCAAGAUGAAUUUUGAAGAUUGGUUCGUAUCCAUGAUGAAAAGACACUUGGAAAAUAAAGAAUUAAAAAACGAAGCAGCCACAAAGUUACGUAACAUCGAAGAACGAAGCUCCAACAAAGCGUGCGGAUCAUCAAGAGAGUGA